AUUCAACAGCGUUAUCGGAGGGGAAAUAUCCUGUAUAUAAACCGGUAUCACUUUAAAUGAUGCAAUUUAAAAAAAUUUGACUCACUCACCCGCAUCCAUAACCAAAAAGAAAUUUAUGCCAUCAAAUUCAACUUUAAUAAGAUUAUUCAUCUUGAUCAUCAUUAUUGUUAUUCAAUACUAUAAAGUUCAUAUAAACUGAAGAUGGCUCCUAAGAAAUCGUAUAGUUUAGAGACGGAAUUGGUCUUUUCCAAAAGUGCCGAUCAAUAUAAUGCAUCGGUUCCACCAUUAUAUCAAUCAGCCACAUUUAAACAAGAUUCAUUAUCAAAUAUGGGAGAAUAUGAUUAUACAAGAUCUGGGAACCCAACUAGAACUUAUUUACAAAAUCAUUUAGCUAAGAUCAUGAAGGCUAAAACCACAUUCGCUGUCUCAUCUGGUAUGGGAUGUCUUGAUGUUAUCACUAGAUUAUUAAAGCCUGGUGAUGAAGUGAUUGCUGGUGAUGAUUUAUAUGGUGGUACUAAUCGUUUAUUAACUUAUCUUCAUAAUAAAGGAGAUAUUAUUGCUCAACAUUUCGAUACUACCAAUACUGAAUUGAUUAAAUCUAAAAUCAAUUCUAAAACUAGAAUGAUCUUUUUAGAAUCUCCUACAAAUCCAUUAAUUAAAGUGGUGGAUGUAAAAUCAAUUGCUAAUGCUGCUCAUGAAAUUAAUCCAAAUGUCAUUGUCGUGUUCGAUAAUACUAUGAUGUCUCCAAUUUUCAUGACUCCCUUGGAUUUAGGAGUUGAUAUUCAAUAUGAAUCAGCUACAAAAUAUCUUAAUGGUCAUCAUGAUAUUAUGGCAGGUGUGAUCGCUACCAGAUCCGACUCCUUAGCUGAACAAGUUUAUAAUGUGAUAAAUUCUACUGGAUGUGGAUUAUCGCCAUUUGAUUGUUGGUUAUUAAGUAGAGGAUUAAGAACUUUAGCCAUUAGAGUUGAAAGACAACAACAAAAUUGUAUUAAGAUUGCUGAAUUCUUAAAGAAUAUUGGUUUCAAAGUAAGAUAUCCUGGUUUAAAGGAUCAUCCUCAAUUUGAAUUACAUAAUUCUAUGUGUAAAGGUUAUGGAGCAGUAUUAAGUUUUGAAACUGGUAGUAUCAAAUUAUCUGAACGUAUUGUGGAAAAUACUGAAAUUUUCGGUAUAGCUGUAUCAUUUGGAUGUGUGAAUUCCUUAAUUUCAAUGCCAUGUAAGAUGUCUCAUGCUUCAAUUGAUGCAAAGACUAGAGAAGAACGUGACUUCCCUGAAGAUUUGAUUCGUUUAUGUAUUGGGAUUGAAAAUGUUGAUGAUUUAAUUGAUGAUUUAACUAAAGCUUUAUUAAGAAGUGGAGCUGUCAGAGUUAAUGAAAGAGAUGAAUUAUUCAAUGUUAUUGGUGUUCAACCAAAGUUAUAGAUCCUCUCGUCAUCAUCACAGUUUUCAUUCUCCUAUUUAUCUAUUCAUUCAAUUCAUAUUAUGUACAUUAAAUACUCAGCAUUCUUCUAAUAUAAAUAUAUACUUUUAUACACUAUAAAUUGUCUUAACUAUGUAAA